AUGUCAAAAGUAACCCCCAUAACCUCCCCCGCCCACUUCCACACCCUCACCUCCUCCUCAACCUACACCAUCGUCGACUUCCACGCCACCUGGUGCGGCCCCUGCAAAGUCAUCGCCCCGAUCUUCGAACAACUAGCAACCGCGGAAACCAAACCGGGCAAAAUCGUCUUCUGCAAGGUGGAUGUGGAUGAGCAGCGUGAGGUCGCGGGUCGGUAUGGCGUUAGUGCUAUGCCUACUUUCUUGAUCCUCAAGGGCGGGAGUGUCAAGGAAACGGUUAGGGGGGCGAAUGCGACCCAACUCCGCACCGCCGUCCUCUCCGCCGCAGCCGACGCCGCCAAAGUCCCUGCUAAAUCCUCGGCGGGGACUUUCUCCGGUAAGGGACAAUCCCUCGGCGCCACCACGACCCCAGACGGUACAACAAAUGGCAGCAGAUACGUGCCCGCUCCUUCCUUACCCAACUUCGGCGCUAUGCUAAGUUCUCCCGCCACUUUUGCGCAAGGUUCGGGGUUCCCGCAGACAGCGGUGAGGUUUUUGGGACUUUACUUUACGAGUUUGUUUAGUCUGGAUCCUGAGGCGGCGGCGAGGGAGAGUCCUUUUGCGCUGCAGAGGGGUGGUGGAGGUGGGAGUGGGAGUAGGGUUGGUAGCGUACGGUAG